GUGCGAUGGUCUCAUCAUGUUAGUAGGUAUAGGAACUAAUUUCUCAUCGUCUCGAUUAUAGAAUUUUCAGAUGUUUUCUUUUCUUCUAGAGAUUAGAGCUAGAUCUCAUUUGAGAUCAAAGUGCGAACCACUGUGAUAAGAUGGCAGAGAGACGCCCCAACUUCCUCGUCAUCGUGGCCGACGAUCUUGGAUUCAGUGACUGUGGCUGUUUUGGUUCUGAGAUCUCGACGCCUAACAUCGAUGCACUUGCGAGGGAGGCAAAUGCCUUGCGCUUCACCAAUUAUCAUGUUGCCGCCGCCUGCUCCCCGACGAGGUCUAUGCUGAUGACUGGCACCGACCACCACAUCGCGGGUCUAGGUCAGCUUCAAGAGAUCACUCGCGCCUCACCCGCUCACUACGGCAAACCCGGCCACGAAGGGUACCUAAACGAGCGCGUGGUAGCCCUCCCAGAACUUUUAUCUGAUGGGGGCUACUUCACUUGUAUGGCCGGAAAAUGGCAUCUCGGCCUGAAACCCGAGCACUGGCCGAGCCAACGGGGGUUCCAAAGGUCCUUUGCGCUUUUGCCAGGCUGCGCGAACCAUUACGCCUACGAGCCAGAGUACCAAGAUCCGCACACAGAGCCGGGGAAGUUCUUCGAGACUGCGACUAGGGCGCUUCAUGUUGAAGACAAUCAUAUCAUCCCCAAGUUGCCAGACGAUUUUUAUAGUAGUGAUACCUAUGCAGACACCAUGAUUAAGUAUCUCAGCGGCCGCACGGAAGAAGAUAAGGAGAAACCUUUCUUUGCGUACUUGCCUUUUAGUGCUCCGCAUUGGCCGUUACAGGCCCCGAGUGAGGUCUGUGAGAAGUAUCGGGGCUGGUAUGAGGAUGGUCCAGAGGCUUUGCGACAGAAACGCAUUGCCAAGCUCAAAGAAAUCGGCAUGGUAGAGCCUCACGUCAAAGCCCACGACGUAGUCUUCGUCGACGGGAAACCCGAGAACUGGGACGACCUUGACGAAGAAACUCGCAAAUCCUCCAGCCGCGCGAUGGAGGUCUACGCAGCUAUGGUCGACCGUAUGGAUUGGAACAUAGGCCGUGUGCUCGAACACCUCAAGAAGUCCGGCGAAUACGACAACACGUUCAUCCUCUUCAUGAGUGACAACGGUGCUGAGGGCGCCAGCUUCGAAGCCGAAGCCAUCGUCGGUACGAGUAUCAUGGAGCAUGUACACAAGUACUAUGACAACAGCCUCGACAACAUCGGUCGCGGGAACAGCUUCGUCUGGUACGGAUGCCGGUGGGCGCAAGCUGCCACAGCGCCCUCACGUCUAUACAAGAUGCAUUCCACUGAAGGCGGAUGUCGCGUACCACUUGUGGUGCGACCACCCAUUGCCAAGGGCAACAUCAACAGUACCGCCAACCCCCAAGGGGGCGUGAUAAGUCACGCCUUCUGCACCGUAAUGGACAUCGUGCCCACUGUGCUGGAUCUAGCUAAGCUCCAACACCCUACCACGUACCAAGGUCGCCCAAUCGCCCCGUUGCGUGGCCGCAGCUGGACAGACUUCCUAUCCUCCGUCACCAGCGGGAACGAGAACGGCAAAGAACUAUCGGAGAUUCACCCGUCUACCUACGCCGUCGGCUUCGAGAUCCGGGGGUCCGGCGCGGUGCGUCGGGGCAACUGGAAGAUCACGUUCGUGCCGGCGCCGAAGGGGCCGCACAGGUGGGAAUUGUUCGACAUGAAAGCCGAUCCGGGAGAGGUGAACGAUCUGUCGGAGCAGUUUCCAGAAGUCAUGAAGGAGAUGUUGGCCCUUUGGGACGAGUAUAAGACCGAGGUUGGCUCGGUGGGCGUCGCCGAUGAGUGGCCAGAAAUUCACCAGGGUGAUCCGUCAUCAACGCUCGGUGACGAAAUGGAGGAUCCUUACUCUUGGAUUAAAUAUAUUGGCAGGCCUGAGAUUACUCCCGAUGCGAUUAAGCCUCUGCUGCCUGUUGUGAAAUGAAGGAAAAGGAAGAAUAUAGAAACAUACCAAGUUUGUGAAGGGCCAUCAUUUCAUAUGGGUGACAACCGGGAGAGAGCCUUCCAACUUUGGAUGCCAGAACCUCAUGUAGCAAGGUAUACCCAGCCCGAGAAAAUAAUACUUGUAAUGACUACUUCUGAGGCUAAAUCGCCUUGAAUAAUGGUCCUUGUUUGGUAUUUGGAUGUGUUUUAAAGGCGCUAUGCUAUAUCUCUACAUAUAAUCGUCACACAUACACUAACAGUGUCAUAGAAGGCUUUAGUCUUUUCAACUUCAUCCAAGAUUGGCCAGAUGUUCUCAGACUCUCGAUAGCGGCUAUUUGAAAGUAGGAUCAAGCACGGACAUAAUCGCACAAGGAGGUCUCCGAGAAAUAGGAUAUAUUAUCUACCUGAUGAGUAGUCAUACUAAGUCAACUGAGCG